CCCGCCCGCCCGCCCGCCGGGACGUGGUAGGGGAUGCCUAGCUCCUCUGCGAUGGCAGUUGGCGCGCUCUCCAGUUCCCUCUUGGUCACCUGCUGCCUGAUGGUGGCUCUGUGCAGUCCGAGCAUCCCGCUGGAGAAGCUGGCCCAAGCUCCUGAGCAACCCGGCCAAGAGAAACGCGAGCACGCGUCUCGGGACAGCCCCGGGCGGGUGAGCGAGCUCGGGCGCGCCGCGAGGGACGAAGGCAGCAGUGCCCGGGACUGGAAGAGUAAGAGCAGUCGCGCGCUCGCGAGCCGGGAGGCGUGGAGCAAGCAGAAGCAGGCCUGGACUGCCCAGGGCGGGAGUGUCAAGGCCGCCGACUGGCAGGUCCGGCCUCGGGGGGACACCCCGCAGGGGGAGCCCCCGGCCGCUGCCGCCCAGGAAGCGAUCAGCCUAGAACUCGUGCCCACACCAGAGCUGCCUGAGGAAUACGCCUACCCAGACUACCGCGGCAAGGGCUGCGUAGACGAGAGUGGCUUCGUGUAUGCGAUCGGGGAGAAGUUCGCCCCAGGUCCCUCGGCCUGCCCGUGUCUGUGUACGGAGGAGGGACCCCUCUGCGCGCAGCCGGAGUGCCCGCGGCUUCACCCGCGCUGCAUCCACGUCGACACUAGCCAGUGCUGUCCGCAGUGCAAGGAGAAGAAGAACUACUGCGAGUUCCGGGGCAAGACCUACCAGACUUUGGAGGAGUUCGUGGUGUCUCCGUGUGAGCGGUGUCGAUGUGAAGCCAAUGGUGAAGUGCUAUGCACAGUGUCGGCCUGUCCCCAGACGGAAUGUGUGGACCCCGUGUAUGAGCCUGACCAGUGCUGCCCCAUCUGCAAAAACGGCCCAAACUGCUUUGCAGAAACUGCUGUCAUCCCAGCUGGUAGAGAAGUGAAGACCGACGAAUGCACCAUAUGUCACUGUACUUAUGAGGAGGGUACGUGGAGAAUUGAGCGGCAAGCCAUGUGCACAAGACAUGAAUGCAGGCAAAUGUAGACUUCACAAUACAAAACUCUCAUGUUUUUCUAGAAUAUUUUACUAAUGUGACAUUCUAGAUGACUCUGAGCAAUGUCAAUCACAAAGAGAAGACUUUGGAUAAGGACUCAAGGAGAAUGGUUGGUACUUUUCCUUUUCUUGGUAACAAUUACAGCAAGAGACAGAAAUGGAUGUAUUUCAAAUCAUCAAUAAGAACUUUGGACAUAAACUCCCUCUCUAAAUAAAUGUGCUAUUUUCACAGUAAGUACACUAAAGUCCACUAUUAUAUAUUAAAUGUGUUUCUAUAAUCCCUCUAUUAGAGUCUUAUAUAUUAAAAAUGCUGUUGUCAACCGUC